UUAUUAUAUUAGUAUUACUACAUGUAGUGUUAGUAGCAUUAUUUGUAGACUAGUAUUAGUAUUAAUAGUUAUUAGUGUUAAAUUAUAAUAAGCUACUCACUAGUGUUGAUUGAGAGAUCAGACUAGAGGGAGUACAAGAUAAGAGAAGAGAAGACUACUAACAGUCAGUAUAAGCUAUACUUUAUUGAAGAAAGGUAAUUUACAGUUUAUACAAUAUUUAAUAUUAGGCCCUGUAUAAAACUGAAACAAGAAAUAGUGAGACAAUUAACUACUAGGACAAAAGAGUGUUUAUUGAGAGAACAGACUAGAGGGAGUACAAGAUAAGAGAAGAGAAGACUACUAACAGUCAGUAUAAGCUACUCCAGUAAAGAAAGAGAAGCAGUGGAGCUAAACUAAGGAUCAAUUACAACUCAAAAAAUGGCUGGGAUAGAAGAACUACCAGUAGAUGACUCAGCAAAACAAAUAGAUUGGGAUGAAUAUUACAUGAAGAUAGCCUGUUUAGCUGCUUUAAGAAGCAAAGACCCCAGGACACCAGUUGGUGCAUGUAUUGUUGACAGUGAAAAUGAACAAAUAGUUGGGAUUGGAUAUAAUUCUAUGCCAAAAGAUGAAAAUUUUACUUGGAAAGGAACAAGUUCAACAAAGAAAACAAGUUCUUUAGAUCCACAAGAAAAUGCUGCAAAUCCUGAAUUAAAAUAUGCCUAUGUUGUUCAUGCAGCAGUUAAUGCUAUCCUUAACAAAACAAAAGAGAGCAUCAAAGGAUGCACAUUAUAUACAACACUACAUCCUGAUGAUGACUGUGCUCGUGCUAUUGUAACAGCUGGGAUAAAAAAAGUUGUGUACUGCAUGUACAAAAGAGACAAAAACCUAGAAGUUGGAAUGAAAAUAGCAGAUGUUUUCUUUGACAUUAAAGGAGUUAAACUCAGGAAAUUACCAGAAGCUAGUUUGAAAGUUUGUGAAUAUGUAAAAGAAUUACAAAAUAGAAUUGAUGUAGGAGGUAAAAAUAAGUCUAGUGAAGAACAGUCAGGUGAAGAAGAGCCAAGUGUAGACAGGAAAAUUGAACCAGCAUCAUGGGAAAAGUUCUUUAUGAGUAUGGCAAAACUUAGCCAAGAAAGACCAGGAGACUUUAAAAACAAAGCAGUAGGAGCAUGUAUAGCAUCACCAGACAAUCAAAUAAUGGCUGUUACAUACAGUGGUGAGCCUGAUGGUAUAGAAGAUGAAGUUAAAAGAUUAGCAAAAGAACGACAUGAUUUAACACUAACAAAAAUACCAGAAUUCUAUACACAUGCUGAAUACAGAGCAAUUGUUGGUAAACCAUCAGUUAGAGGAUAUACACUAUAUGUCACUUCAUAUCCAUGCAAUGUGUGUGCUAAAGUUAUAGUAGAGUCUGGUAUAAAAGAGGUUGUACAUUAUAAAAAUGGAGAUUGGAAUGAUGAUCGAUGUUAUAGCUCAAGAAAAAUAUUGACUACUUGUUUAGGUCCUUCAAACAUAAGAAAAUAUGGGAAUGGAGACAGUAUAAAUGAGAGCCAAGAUGAAGCAAGUCGCAGUAUUGCUAUUGAAGAACCAGGCCAUACUUAAAUUUCAAAGAUAACAAUAACUGACGUGCAGUAGUGAAAUAGUGAAUCAGAAUUAUAUCUAGUAUUACAAAACAUUAUUAUUAUAUUAGUAUUGCUACAUGUAGUGUUAGUAGCAUUAUUUAUAGACUAGUAUUAGUAUUAAUAGUUAUUAGUAUUAGAUUAUGAUGAGAUGGCAAGUGUCA